AUGCCGCCCAGCUACGCCGAAAAGUUCAACCGGUACCACACCGUGCCUUUCCUUGUGCACGAAGGGUACCCUGUGUACGAGUCGGCGAUCGUCGCGCAGUUCUUGGACGCCAAGUACAACGACGGGAAGCUCCACAGCCGCGACAGCCCCGAGCGCGCGGC